GGCAGCAUUUUACAGCAUAUCAAAGGGAAGGGUCGGUACGCUGUGGACUUUUCUGACAUGGGGUCCUCAUUUUCGAGUACUGUGGAAGUUUCCCCUUCUUCCUCCACAGAUGCUUCCGCAAACCCACCAGCGAAAGCCUCCCAGCCGCUCCCCUCCGCACAGAAUCGGGCGUUUAAAAACUGCUGGAGUUGUCGCGUGCUGUCUGGCUGUACAUUCAUAGGGGCGGGCACCUACGUCUACUUGAAGGCCCGGCGCCCCAUGAAGCUAGGGAUCCCACCUGGCCCAGGCACCGUAAUGCAGAUGGUCAUCGGCAUCAGUAUUGCCUGUUGGGGUGUAGUUAUUAUGGUAGACCCCCAAGGGAAGGCCUACCGAGUUUGAAAAUACCAGCAGUCCAUUGUUGUCUCCUAUCACUGGCUGCGCGGCAGAAAGAACAAGCGUUGGGUUGGUGGAUAUUCUUUGCACACAUGGCCAAGGAUGCACUUAACUAUAGGACAUACCGAGAAGACCGUGAAAAUAUGAGAUGUCUUUCUUUGGCCAUUGAUGCUUACGGUUUACCCCGUCUCAGGUUAUAAAAGGAACAAAUAAAUCCCUUGGAAGCAAACAUGUUUCUCUGUCUUGUCCAGGGAGAUUAUGUGUUGUUCAAUUUAUACUAAAAGAUAACGUUUUGAGAACAUAUUAAAAUGGGAUAAAUGAUAGGCCAAUAGCGAAAUAAAGUAUUUUUUAAAAUA